UCUCUCUCGCCAAUGUACGGCGGUUCAUCCAAGCACGGCCGAUUAGGCGGCGGCGCCGGCCGAGGAGCCGGAGCCGCCAAGCUCGGCCGAGCCUCCUUCCCUCCGCCUCACCGCUCCUCCGCACCCGCGGCCAACCGCCUCUCCCUCGGCGGCUCCAACAACCCCCGCGGCGGACGUAACUCCGCCACUGCCACGUCGUCCGCCGCAGCCGCCCCUGCCGUGGAGGAGAAGUUCAGCCUAGUCGCCGGCAGCAAUCCGGUGGCGUUCUCCAUGAUCAUUCGGCUGGCGCCGGACCUAGUCGACGAGAUCAGGCGCGUCGAGGCCGAAGGUGGGACCCCAAGGAUCAAAUUUGAUUCCGUGCCUAAUAAUCCACACGGCAAUGUUAUUGACGUGGGCGGGAAGGAGUUUAGGUUUACGUGGUCUAGGGACGGGGACCUCUGUGACAUAUACGAAGAACGUGAAACCGGUGAAGAUGGGAAUGGUUUGCUUGUUGAAUCGGGAUGUGCAUGGCGUAAAGUGAAUGUUCAGCGUAUAUUAGAUGAAUCAACUACGAAUCAUGUUAAGAGGCGGUCGCAGGAAGCUGAACGCUCGCAUAAAUCAAGGAAAGCCAUUGUGCUAGAACCGAAUCCAGCCAUGAACAAUCAACUAAAACAAUAUGCUGCUGCCUCAGCGAAUAUUCAACGGAGGAAUAAACUGAAGAAAGAGCCUCCGUCUAAAAAGCAGAAAGUUGAACCACCUCAAGUUUCAGCUGCUCCAAAGUCUGCAUAUAAAUCCGGGAUAUCAGCAACUACUGCAAAGGGUAGACAGUCAUCAUCACCUCUUCCAUCUACAACUGAGAAGUCUCCAUCUCCAUUUGGAAUGCUAAAUAUAUCGAAGACUCAUGCAAAUGCAGAUGAAACUAUACCCUCUCAGGUCAUUCUUAAGGACAAACCUGCUCCUAGCUUGGAUAAAAAAACCUCAAUCAGAACUACUGCAACACUGGAAACUGCUGGCAAAGGUAGUGAUCGAGCUAAGCCGACAGAUUUGCAGAGUUUGUUGAUUACACUGCUCAUGGAGAAUCCCAAGGGAAUGAGCUUCAAGGCUUUGGAGAGAGCUAUUGGAGAUUCAUUUCCCAACUCUGCGAAGAAAAUUGAGCCCAUUCUUAAGAGGAUUGCAAAUUGCCAAGCUCCAGGGAGGUAUCUCUUGAAACCAGGGGUGAUGUUAGAAAGCUUCAAGAAACCUUGUUUUGAAUCUGGAAGUUCCCCAGAAGAGAACCUUCGCCAGACGCCUGCUGCGGAAGACAUCUGCGAUCAAAGGCAUGGUCAAGUACCAGAGUUUAAGGAGAAGGUUUCUCCCAAUGAUAUGGAGGACCAGGGCCGGGGUCAAAUUAAUGUUACAGUCGGCGAAGAACCACAGGCAUUCCAAAAAGUUGAUAACGAACAGCAAUCACCUGUUCUGUUUGGUGAAAAAAGAACCUCUGACAACAGUGAAGUCCGAGUGGGUAGUUCUAGUUCUAGUGAGAGUGGAAGUGACAGUGAUAGUGACAGCAGUGAUUCUGGAAGUGACAGUGAAAGUCCUAGCAGAAGUAGAAGCAGAAGUAAAAGCCCAAAGGGAAGAGGAAGUGGGAGUAGUAGCGAUAGUGAAAGUGAUGUGUCUUCUAAUAGCAAGGAUGUUUCUGAUGAGGAUGUGAACAUUAUGAGUGAUGAUGAUAAAGAGCCUAAACAUCAAGUACAAGCCUCUGAAGCUUCUUUGCCCGUUCCAUGGGAAACUCCUGAUGGCAGGGCUGCGCAGAGUGGAAAUGAUGACAAGCAAGACGAUAUUGAUUCUGACAUGAUUGAUAUUGAAACUGUGGAUCAGGAUGCUGAAUUGGCUGUUGUUACUAGCUCUGCGCCUAGUGAACAACCUGUCAAUGAAACAAAACCCUCUCUACCUGAGCAUGUUGAGCAUCCUGACCGCCAAAUUCUCGUAGACAGUUUGUUUGGAAAGACUACAGACAAGGAUGACUUCAGGUAUGAGCAGUCUGAUAGUUCUGACAGGAUGUCUAAAGGUAAAUUUAAAAGAGGUUUGGUAAAGCACGCUGAUGAAAACUCUGAAUGCAGGAAAAGGUCAAAAAUGGAAAACUCACCACAACCUCCUGCUUUUGUGGGUAAGGGCAUUUAUCCUGAGGAUUCCCAGAAUUUGUCUCCUGAUAGACUUAUUGAAGGCUCUUAUAAGGGCAUGGCAUCUCAGACGCUGAGUAAAUCUGAUAGGGAUGGGAAUACUGAUUUUGGCUCUCAAAAGGGCUACAAUCAAGCAGUUCCUGGAAGACAUAGCGUAGAGUCUAAACAAUCAAGUCGGAAGUCUUAUGAUCAUAGUGCACAAGCAAAGGCUCCUGAUCAAGGAGAUUGGCCUGAUAGAUAUUCUGAGAGCUUGGGCAUUGGUCUGCAGUACUCUGAAAAGAGCUCUCCUGUGCAUGAAAGCUUUCCUGUGCGAAAAGAUAAUGUUCAUAGUAGUAGUCAAAGGGACAAUUAUGCUAAUGGAAAGAAGGUUUCAAAAAAUUCCAAGGAAGGUGGUGCCCGAGGUAAACAGUCAGUGCCCUUGGACUCCCACUUCCAGAAACAUGGUGACAUGGCUGGAAAAACCAAGGAAGAUAGACAGGUUUCAAACAUGUUCUUCAGUUCUUCCCCUAAGGAAAACAGGAAUGGAGUUGACAGAUCCCCAGUUGUUAAUGGUAGAGGAAGUAAACUCCAAAGAGAGUUUUCAGAAUUGGAGUUGGGCGAACUUCGUGAGGCUGUGGCUGAGGAAACACCAGCUAAGAAGCAAUUUGAGAGAAAAAGUUCAUUUAAGCAGUCAGAAAACAAACUGGGCACUAGAGAUAACUGGGGUUUGGACUUCAGUAAAGCAAAACCCACAGAAAAGACAAAUUUAGAAUUGGGAAAGCCAUCCUCACCAGAUUUCAACUUGAAGUUUCUUAGUAAUGCAGAAGGCUCUGUUAAAAAGAGGAACUACGAAGAUUAUAUCGAGGACUCAACAGGGUCUCAACAGAGAGCUGUGCAAUCUCAGUCACAUCACCUUUCACGGCUAGAUCAUUCUGAUGUGCGGCGCCCAUUCAGCAGAUCAGCAGAUAAUGGUAGUAAAUCAACACAGAAUGAAGUUGGGGGAAGACAAAGGAUCAUUUUAGAUGGUUUUGGAGAAAGCAAUAAGAAAGCACCUGUUAGUGCUUCUCAGCACCAUGACUCUAAACGAGGGCCACUGUCCCACACCAUUAAAGAGAGAAAAAGACUGACAUCUAGUAUAAUGAUGGAACAGACUGAAGUACAAAAGGAUUCAAUGUUGGCAGAGGGCACUGACAUCGAUAGAAAAAGAAGGGAUUCUUCUUCUGAUGAAAAUAGUUGUUCUUAUACAAAGUACGAGAAAGAUGAGCCUGAGCUCAAGGGACCAAUAAAAGAUUUCUCUCAGUACAAGGAGUAUGUGCAAGAAUAUCGUGAUAAGUAUGAUAGCUACUGCUCGUUGAACAAGAUCUUAGAGAGUUACAGGAAUGAGUUCGUAAAGCUAGGGAAGGACCUUGAGUUUGCUACAGGCACAGAUAGAUAUAAGAAGAUCUUGGACCAGCUGAAGGAAUCCUAUCGUCAGUGUGGAUCGAGACAUAAGAGGCUCAAGAAGAUAUUUGUGGUGCUUCAUGAGGAAUUACAGCACCUCAAGCAAAGGAUCAAGGACUUUGCACUCCCUUACACGAAGGACUGAAGAGAGAAGAAAAACAUUGCAGUCUCUUACCCGAUGCACUGAAGAAAAUCAUACCGCAAGAAAUUAAAGAAGCUUCCGGAGGAAAGGAGAUGAUGAAAGCACAAUCUUUUUCUUGAAGAUAAUCCCCAGGUUGAGGUAGAGUUUGGGUUUUUGCUGGGUUUUGGCCGCCCAAUUACACCCCUAAAUCUGUAUAUAUAACUUUUUGUUAAUUAUGUAAAUUUAUAGUCAGGCCAGUCUGUUAGUUUAUGAUUUGCCCGACCUACUUCAGCCAAUCAGUGGUCUUAGGGCUCUUGAUGUUUUGCCUUGAAAUUGUCCAUAUUUGUAUAUCAUACAGUGGGGAAGAUGAAGAACUUGGAUAUAUAAUCAAACAAGAGUGAAGUAUUAUUGUUGGUGAGAUGCAAAUAUGCAAUAUAGAUCCACAAGCCACCAGUC